UCCUUUUUACUGUGGACCCUUCUCUCUCUCUCACUCUCUCUCUCUCUCUCUCUCUCAUGAAACGCAAAAGGUCCAUCACACCUUUUACUAGCAUCGCAGUUGUGGAAUCAGAACCAGAGAACGACAGACUAUCGAUUCACAAACCCUAAUUAAAGAAGCUACUUUUUUCACGCGAGGGUUUUGAUUUCUCUACCUCUUUCCAAGCUAUUCGUCGUCUUCUAUAUUCUAAUGGAAGCUCUUUCGAGCUCUGUUUUCGUCCCCGUGUUCUCAGAGACACUUCCAGUUCUUCACGUACCUCACUCUUCGAUCAGAACUCCAAAUAAGCGUACUGGGUCUCUGAAAAUCAACCAAGCCUUUCCUAAUAAGACGCCGUGGGCUAGUGGGUCUCGCGUUCUCGCGCUUUCCCGUGAAGUAUCGGACGAAGGGGAAGAAGAGAGUCUGUUUUUGAAUAAUGGGUUAGGUUUAAUUUCUGAAAAGAAUGCGUCUUUGUCUCAGUAUGUGAAUGGAUACUCCAAAUGGCUACUUCAGCUUUGUUGUGAUGGCCUCUCUCGUAUUCUGAAGGAUAAUUCAGAUUACAAUCAAAACCGUGAAAAGGAUGCAGAUGAAACACCAAAGAUGGUUCAUUCAGAUUACAAUCAAAACAGUGAAAAGGAUGCAGAUGAAACACCAAAGAUGGAGACGUCUCUUACUGUCUCAUAUGGAAGUGGAACGGGAGGAGGCACGAGGGCUGGGCUUUUCAGAACUCCCAUAUCUGGUGGGGUGCAGAGUGCAACUUCGGCUCAUGGUUUACCUCGACCUGCCUUAGCAGUGCGCAAUCUGAUGGAGCAGGCUAGGUUUGCUCAUUUGUGUACGGUAAUGUCUCGGAUGCACCACCGAAGAGAAGGCUACCCAUUUGGUUCCCUGGUAGAUUUUGCGCCAGAUUCAAUGGGACAUCCAAUAUUUUCAUUUUCACCAUUGGCUAUUCACACGCGAAAUUUGUUAGCUGACCCAAGAUGCACACUUGUAGUGCAGAUACCCGGAUGGAGUGGCCUAUCAAAUGCAAGGGUAACAAUAUUCGGUGAUGUCUUCCCUCUUCCAGAACAUCAGCAGGAAUGGGCUCAUAAGCAGUACAUAGCCAAACAUCAACAAGGGCCUUCUCAACAAUGGGGGAACUUCUACUACUUUAGGAUGCAGAAUAUAAGUGACAUAUAUUUCAUUGGAGGCUUUGGCACUGUUGCUUGGGUUGAUGUCAAGGAAUACGAGGCUCUUCAACCUGAUAAAAUCGCGGUGGAUGGUGGUGAGCAGAAUUUGAAGGAGCUCAAUGCUAUCUUUUCAAAGCCCCUGAAAGGGCUUUUGUCCGCUGAAAUUGAAGUAGAUGACGCUGCUCUUAUAUCAAUAGACAGCAAGGGAACUGAUAUUCGUGUUCGGCAAGGCGCACAAUUCAACAUACAGAGGUUAUCAUUUGAAGAGGGGAAUGCAGUAGAAACUCUAGAGGAAGCCAAGGCGGCACUUUGGAAACUAAUACACAAAGGUCGAGUUUAAAAUUUGUUGAAAUAGGGAUUGCAUUGCUCACUAACUCUUUUUUGUGUGCUUAUUUUUGAGAGGCAUAAAUUGAGUUUGUAUCUUUUUUCUUCUCUCACUAAUUUCCCCUUUGCAGACUUGUUAAGUUCGUAUUAGUAUAAGCAUUGAUUAAUGAGAUCUAUAAUUUGUCUGAAAUCAUUGAUCGUGCCAUUUGCCAUAAUACUUUUUUUCUGGUUCUUGAUGUUA